AUGAAUGCUGGUGAUGCUCUCAUACAGUUAUAUCAUAAUUUCAUCACUGACUUUGAGACUAAGAUCAAUCUUCUCAAGCUUGCACAUUUUGCUGUCAUAGUCUCUAGGCAGUAUUCGGAGAAAGAAGCUGCCAUUAGUUAUCUUGAAGGGGUGAUUGAAAAGCUUCGUGCUACAAAGGAGACGCGCAUUGAGGAGCCAAUCCUCUAUACUAAGAUGCAGAUAGCUAUAUUAAAGCUUGAGCAAGGGGACCAAAAAGAGUGCAAGAAACUUUUAGAAGAUGGGAAGAGUGCACUUGACAGCAUGACUGACAUUGAUCCAUCUGUAUAUGCUAGUUAUUAUUGGGCUUCAUCGCAAUACCAAAAAUCUCGUCAGGAAUUUGCUGAAUUCUACAAAAGUGCUCUUCUUUAUCUUGCAUACACAUCUGUAGAAUCUUUAUCAGAUUCGUUUAAGCUGGUCUCUAUAAUGGUGGUGGUGGUGGUAUCACUAAAUGUUAAUAAAUCAACUUCAAUCUCAACCACUCUUGGAAAGCGCAGACGUAAGGACAAUUCACCAUGCAAAGCAUGCCUUACCCUUGGAUUUGAUGUAUUUUGUGUUGAUCAUGAAAGUACUCUAGACGCCAAGGGAAAUGGUAAGGAUCUGGCAUUUGAUUUAUCCCUGUCGGCGUUGCUGGGAGAAAAUAUCUACAACUUUGGAGAACUGCUCGCACAUCCAAUUAUUAAGAGUCUUCUUGGGACAAAGGUUGAGUGGCUUUACUAUAUUCUCGAAGCAUUCAACUCUGGUGACUUAGUUCGCUAUCAAGAAUUAUGCCACGUCCAUAGAGCUGCUCUGAGUGCUCAACCAGCGUUAAUGCAGAAUGAGAAAAAACUUCUGGAAAAGAUUAACAUUCUCUGCUUGAUGGAAAUCAUCUUUAGUCGACCAUCAGAGGAUAGAACUAUUCCAUUAGGCAUCAUUGCAGAGUGCACAAAACUUACUGUAGAAGAUGUGGAGUAUCUCCUCAUGAAGAGCCUCUCUGUACAUCUCAUCGAGGGUACAAUUGAUCAAGUGGAGGGAACGGUUCAUGUUUCCUGGGUGCAACCAAGAGUUUUGGGGAUUCCCCAGAUCAAAUCAUUGUGUGAUCGCCUGGACAAUUGGACGGAGAAAGUACACACUGCUUUGUUAUCGGUCGAGGCAGAAACACCUGAUUUAGUUGCAUCAUAA